CGAAAUCCCAACUCCCAGGAAGAAGCCUGUACGGGAUUCGCAUGUUUUUCUGCGCCCAUUAGGUUUUCUGAGCCGCGUUUCUUCACCGCUUCUUUCUUCUUUAAUCCAAAUCUUAGCCAUAACAUCGCCUCCAGCGAACCUCUGGUCCGAUUCGCCAUCUUCGACUGGCUGUAGAGCUACAACUGCGCCGUGCGCCGUAUGCUUCGGAUAACACUUUCCCUUGUCUUCCGUCCGGGUGGAGGCUAUCUCUAUUGUCUUUUGCUUAACCAGGAACGAUAAAUUACCAGACCAAAUAAUGGCUUCUAAAGGUCAAUCUGUUGGUCAGGAGCCCGCACAGGGGUAUGCUGAUAAAAAAGUGUCCUCUUUUUCUGGAGGAAUGCCUUAUUGCUCAAAGAAUUUGGAAUCAGAUACUCCACUUUCAAGGACUGAAUUGGAUUUUCUACAUUAUCCGAAUGCAAAUGGUUCUUCCUCAAAACCUUCUACAACAUCAAACUUGAAGGAGAGCUUGAAUUUACAAAAUUCUACGAAGAUAAAAGUUGCAACGGACGGAAUGGGCAGUACCAAGCAAUUCGUAUCAAAACCCGUCCAAUCUAGUUCAUCCUCGAAUUUCCCUUGUCAAUCUUUCGGCUAUGUUAACAAGUUUCAGGCUCCAAAGCAUAGUUAUGAUAAAUUUCCAUUCCGAGAUGCGAAGGAUUACCACAUCUCAACAAAGAUACCCUCAGCUUCUUAUCGACCACAGGACAGAAAAUUUAAUGGUUGCUCUGAAACUUCCACUGAAUUAGUCCGCGGACCUCGUGCCGACAGAAUUCACUUUCCUUCUUCUGCAGAAAAAAAUGAACUGAGCCCAUUAAUCAGAAGAGAUCAAUUUAACAAAUCAGAUUUCGAGACUAAAUAUACGCAUGCGAAGUUCUUUAUGAUAAAGUCAUAUAGUGAGGAAGACAUUCACAAAAGCAUCAAGUAUAAUGUGUGGGCAAGUACUCCUAAUGGGAACAAUAAGCUGGAAGCAGCUUUCAAGGAGGCCCAAGCAACUGUGAAUGAGAAUGUUCCGAUGUGCCCCGUCUUCCUGUUUUUUUCGGUAAAUGCAAGUGGACAAUUUGUUGGGUUGGCCGAGAUGAUCGGACCCGUUGACUUCAACAAAUCCAUGGAGUUUUGGCACAAGGAUAAAUGGAACGGUUUUUUUCCGGUGAAGUGGCACAUGAUAAAGGAUAUUCCCAACAAAUAUUUUCAAAAUAUCAGACUUGAAAAUAAUGAUAAUAAGCCUGUAACUUUCAGCAGAGACACACAAGAGAUUGGGCUUCCUCAGGGCCUAAAAAUGCUGCAAUUUUUCAAGGGCUACCCACUGGCAAGAUCUCUGCUUGAUGAUUAUGACUUCUAUGAAAAAAGGGAGAAAUUUCUGAAUGACCAAAGGACAACUCAGCAACAGUUCUCCCAAACUAUGUAUUCUGAGGAUUGGGAGGCAGAAUUUGGUCAGAUGAGUAUAUCAGGAAACCAGUGGCCUUCAUAUGGCGAUGCAUUUUAGUCCCAUCAACAAUCCUUGAAAUAUUUCUGUGAACAAUCAUGUUGUACAAUUUGCCGAACUUAACCUUUGGUCAAGUGUUCUUCAUGAGACAAUUAUGUUUGUAUAUCUUUGCUCAAUCACUUUUCUGUCA